CGGAACUGUGGAGGUGAAAUGAAUAUAAACGCCGAUUGAAAUGGCGUCAGUCACCGUCCGCGGCUGGGCUCUCUGCACCGUGUCUCUCCUUAACUUAUUGUUUGUUUUUAUAUCCGUUGCCGACUUCAUUCGCUUUGUGUCUUUUCGAGCCAUUUAUCAUAACAUAACAGGAGAAACGACGCUCUGCCAAGACUCCAUACCAUGGACGGUGGCCAUGAGAGACAGUUCUGUGCUUCGAUCCCUGGUGGUUGAUCUGUGCCUGUUGGGUCUCUUCACCACACAGCACAGUCUACUGGCCUGGUCACCGGUCAAACAGGCCCUACAGUCUGUGCUGGGGGCCCUCAACAGGACAGCAUACUGCUUCACCUCUGCUCUGGCUCUGCAGAUCCUGAUGUGUUUCUGGGAGCCUGUGACCGGCGCCCCCUGUCUGUGGUCUGUGCGCCAUGGCCCCUGGAGUAUCUGGUUCCCUCUGCUCUGCUUUACACUGCACUUCCUCUGCUGGACCAUCAUCUGCAGCAUCCUCAUCAUUUUUGAUUACCCAGAACUUCUGGGCAUCAAGCAGGUGUAUUAUGAGUGUCUGGGUUUGGGAGACCCCCUCGCUCAGAAGUCCCCACACGCCCAGCGCUUCCUGUCCCACUUCCGCCACCCAGUGUGCCUGGAGCUGGGGGUCAUCCUGUGGCUCCUGCCGGCUCUGACCCUGGACCGGCUGCUGCUUGCGGGGACUCUGUCCACCUACCUGGCCCUGGGACACUCCCUGGACCAGCAGGAUUUGGCCUAUGUCUGCGCGCGACUCAGAAGCAAGAUGCAGAUGUUUGCAGAGCCACAGCGGGCCGGGGCCAUCACUGACAACAGCAACCACAAGGAAAAGUGAGGCCCGCUGUGGCCCUGGCUGUCCUCAUAUUAACCAGGAAAUUAGUUUUAAACCUUUUUUAAACCGGGGCAGCGAUGCCCGAUGAGCCCGGUCGUUUAUGUUUUCCGUCACUGCAAAAACACACCUCGUGUCCAUCCAUAUUUUCGGGAUGGGGCUCAUGUGAAGUUAAAUGAUGUCAUCAGUUUCAGGAUUUUCUUUUUAAGAAAAACAACACUCAUCACAUCAACAUGUGUUCCAUAGGUAUUCCACAGUAUACUGUGGUCAGUUACAUUCACACUAUUCCUUUGUAUGCAUAUUUCAGAUUUAAUUAUCUUUAAAAAGCCUUCUUACACUGAGUCUUCACACUGGGAAAAGUUUUCAUUGUUUGAUUUGGAAAAUAUCAAAGUCUCGGGACAUUUCGGAUAUGAAUGUAUUUUCCUCCGUUUAUUUUCCUUUCAUUUUUUUAUAUUGAGAGCACCUCAGACUAAUUACCUGUUACUUGAAGCUUCAAACAUUCUGUUGAUAUUUUGUUCUCCGUCUUCUCCGACCAUCUUAGUGACCCAUGAUGGGUUAGCGGGGUCACCCACAUUUCUUUACACGUUGUUUAUUUUCGACUUAGAAAACUGUAUUAUGUGAUUCCAUGUCCACAGAAAACUCUAAUGUUGAUUUUUUCAUGUCUGCGUUGAGACCUCAGUGUGACUACAGUUAUCAUUUGUGGAUUUCUUGGACCAGUUUUUUUACAAUAAAUAUAAUACCACAUUUAUGUCCCA